AUGGUGAAGCCAGCCAUAACCAGAACCGGGGGUUGGCCACGCAACCGAGGCGGCAAUGCAGCCGGGACAAGCAGUGCAACCGGGACCGGCUGUGCCUCCGGGCCGGGCGAUACCGCCGGGGCCGGGGCCGGGGCCGGGGCCGGGGCCGCCGCCGCCUCGCUGCCGCACAUCGCGCGGGGCCGCGGCGAGGAGGGCGGCGGGCGGCGCAGCCCCUGCCUGCUCGUGGCGCUGCGGCCGCGGAACGUGGAGGCGGAGCGGGAGCGGUUCUUCCGCGCCAGCUUCGCCUACGACCCGCAGUUCGAGUACGCGGAGCCGGUGCCCGCCGCCGUGCUGGACAAGUACGGGGCCGCCUCCGACCGCUUCGUGGCUCAGGCCAUCAGGAUCAUUCGUACUGUCCUGGAGAAGUACGGGACCUACGAGAGCUUCGAGGUGGCCACGGGCGGGAGGCUGCUGAGCAAGUGCCAGAUCUGGUCCGUGAUCCGAAAGUACAUGCAGAAGGAAGGCUGUGUGGGAGAGCAUCCAGCAUGGAGCAUGCCACAGCUGCCAUUAAGGAGCCUUUUUUAUCCCUUCUGCCAGCAAGCACCGACUGGCAAAGGCAGGAUCCUGCUUCCAGCACCGCAGGCAGCGCGCUCCUGGGUAAGUGCUCAUGCUGGAAUUAAAUUUGUGCCCUCAAAAGCUGCUUUGCUGGGUUCCAGGCUGCAGAUCCUGAAGCUCUUCUUUUUUUCUGACUUAGACAUGAUGCUGCCAGAGGUUUCCAUAUGGAUUUCAGUGGGCUCACGUCUGGCAGCAGAGAAACACCGGGCCCCACUGGUGGUGGUGCAGCUCACGGAUGACCUCCUGUCCCAGGCCGUGAUGAUGGUGGAGGACAGCCGGCCCACGCUGGCCAUCAACCUGGCGGGAGCACGGCAGCACUGGCUGGAGGGGAUGCUGCGCCACGAGAUAGGCACCCACUACAUCCGGGGGGUCAACAACACCCGCCAGCCCUGGCACAGCUCCGAGGGCCGCAAGCAGUACAGCCUGAAGCCCGCCAACCCCACGGAGGAAGGCUUGGCCAGCCUGCACAGCGUCCUGUUCCGCAAGCAGCCCUUCCUGUGGCGGGCAGCCCUGCUCUACUACACCAUCGAGCGCGCCAGCCGCCUCUCCUUCUCUGCCCUCUUCCAGGACCUGGAGCAGUAUGUCCAGGAUGCUGGGGUCCGGUGGGAGUACUGCGUGCGGGCCAAGCGGGGUCAGACGGACACCUCACAGCCAGGCUGUUUCAGUAAGGAUCAGGUGUACCUGGAUGGGAUUCUCCGCAUCCUGCGCCAUCGGCAGACCAUCGACUUCCCACUGCUGGCUGCGCUUGGAAAGGUGUCCUAUGAAGACGUGAAUCGGCUGAAGAAGUUCGGGGUGCUGGAGAAGGCCCGCAUCCCGCACUUCAUGCAGGAUCUGGAGCGCUACAUGAAGCAGCUGGAUCACAUUGUCACCACCAAUGGCCUGAACGAGGAAGAGCUGGAGCAGCUGCUGCCUGACUGAGGGGCACCCCCUGAAGCAGCACCCCGAGGGUGUCACUGGUGCUGUUACUGGGUAUUUCCUGGGGCUGGAGCAGGGGGCAGAGCCCGAGGCGGGCGCUGUGCAUGUAGCGCUGUGUAGGGUUAGCGCGGCCAAGGGCCCGUGUGGUUGUGUUGAUGUGUCCCCUACAUCGUCCCUGUGUAUUUUGGGGAUGCCUGUGCUGCUCCACAUGGCUUUGGGGAGCCAGAGAAGAGGGUUCAGGGAGAGUGAGGGCAGAGCUGGGGCUAUGCUGGUCCCCGAGUGCAGAAGGCUGUGCUGGGGGGGUUGCAAAGGGGGGAUUGCUGUAGGGUACCAGGAGUGCUCCCAGCACUGUGGGGGCACCUGCUGGGGGCUCUGGGCUGAGCCUGGCAGGGAAUAAGGGCUGGACUGCACCCACAGAUUGCCCCAUGGAUGCCUUUUCCACUCCCUACCCCUUCCCUCAUGUCACCCACCAGCAGCAGGAAGGACUUUCAUCCCCCAUUACCGAUCUCUGCCCAGCUCUGCACCCCGACUACAGCCACCCUGCCUGGCUUUGAGGACUCAGGGUGGGAACUGGGCUUGAUGUUAGGAAAAAAGCGUGUAAUAAAGGUGAUGUAAUGGAAAA